AUGGAGUUCGCGAGCUCUUCGAGUAGGUUUUCCAAAGAGGAGGACGAGGAGGAAGAGGAGGAGGAGGACGAGGAGGCGUCCCCACGUGAGAUCCCCUUCAUGACAGCGGCGGCUGCGACGACGGCCGACACCGGAGCCGCCGCCUCCUCGUCCUCGGCUUCCGCGGCGGCGGCCUCGGGGUCAGCGUCGGGCUCGGCUGCCGCCCUCCGCUCCAGCGACGGCGCCGGGGCGUCCGGGAGCGGCGUUGGCGGCGGCGGGAGCGACGACGUGGAGGUGAUCGAGAAGGAGCACAUGUUCGACAAGGUGGUGACGCCCAGCGACGUGGGGAAGCUCAACCGGCUGGUGAUCCCGAAGCAGCACGCGGAGAAGUACUUCCCGCUGGACGCGGCGGCCAACGAGAAGGGCCUCCUGCUCAGCUUCGAGGACCGCGCCGGCAAGCUCUGGCGCUUCCGCUACUCCUACUGGAACAGCAGCCAGAGCUACGUCAUGACCAAGGGCUGGAGCCGCUUCGUCAAGGAGAAGCGCCUCGACGCCGGGGACACCGUCUCCUUCUGCCGCGGCGCCGGCGAGGCCGCGAGGGACCGCCUCUUCAUCGACUGGAAGCGCCGCUCCGACUCCCGCGACCCGCACCGGAUGCCGCGACUCCCGCUCCCGAUGGCGCCGGUCGCGUCGCCCUAUGGCCUUGGGCCCUGGGGCGGCGGCGCGGGCGGUUUCUUCAUGCCGCCCCCGCCGCCCGCCACACUCUACGAGCACCACCGCUUCCGCCAGGCAAUCGACUUCCGCAACAUCAAGGCCGCCGCCGCGCCGGCCAGGCAGCUCCUCUUCUUCGGCUCACAAGGCAUGCCCCCGCGCGCGUCCAUGCCGCAGCAGCUGCAGCCGCAGCCGCAGCCGCCGCCGCCUCCGCCACCGCCCCCGCCUCUGCGCAGCAUUAUGAUGGUGCAACCGAGCAGCCCCGCGGUCACGCACGGCCUGCCCAUGGUUCUCGACUCGGUGCCGCUCGUCAACAGCCCAACGGCAGCUGCGAAGCGAGUCCGCCUGUUUGGGGUCAACCUCGACAACCCGCAACCAGGCAGCAGUGCCGAGUCAAGCCAAGACGCCAACGCAUUGUCGCUGAGGAUGCCGGGAUGGCAAAGGCCGGGGCCAUUGAGGUUCUUCGACUCUCCUCAACGCGGCGCCGCCGAGUCAUCUGCAGCCUCGUCGCCGUCGUCAUCAUCGUCCUCUAAGAGAGAAGCGCAUUCGUCAUUGGAUCUCGAUCUGUGA